AUUUUGUGGGCUGGGUCAUAAGCUUUUUUUAAUGCCAUAGUCCCUGAGCACUCUGAAGGCUGAACCAGUCUCACAUUUGGUCAAAGCCAACGAAAGGCCAGCAGCGAUGGAUGACGUCUACAAAGCAGCGGUUGAGAACUUGACUGAGGAGCAAAAAAAUGAGUUCAAGGCUGCCUUUGACAUCUUCAUCCAAGAUGCCGAGGACGGCUGCAUCAGCACUAAGGAAUUGGGGAAGGUGAUGAGGAUGCUGGGGCAAAAUCCCACACCGGAAGAACUGCAGGAGAUGAUUGACGAGGUGGAUGAAGAUGGCAGCGGCACAGUUGACUUUGAUGAGUUCUUGGUUAUGAUGGUCCGCUGUAUGAAGGAGGAGAGCAAAGGAAAACCAGAAGAAGAACUGGCAGAACUUUUCCGCAUGUUUGACAAGAAUGGCGAUGGCUACAUAGAUCUGGAGGAACUAAAGUCUAUGUUGGAUUCCACUGGAGAAUCCAUCACAGAAGAUGACAUUGAAGAGUUGAUGAAGGACGGAGACAAAAACAAUGACGGCAAAAUUGAUUAUGACGAGUUCCUGGAGUUCAUGAAAGGUGUUGAAUAAAGGAUUGCAAUGGAGGCCUGCA